AUGGACGCCGAAAGCUGUGUCGAACUACCUGACGGACACCUUGUUAACCUCUCUCCACGACCCCAACGACAAACCCAAUACCAAGCAUACAGAGCUCACUACACACCUACCGAACUAUCAGCCACUCCACCUGCACGAAACUCUCAUCGUGUGCCACCUUCUGAACUUGAAGACCGCCGAACCUCCACAGAAACCAUGUUUCAAAAAGACAGAACAACCAAGCUUCCAAUGCCCAAAUCAUUCACUGAGAGAACCAGGGAGGAACGAAACCAGACCCCUAGCCCCACCGGGAUUCCUAAAGCCUCAUCAUUCGGAUACUCAUCCGCAGGAUCUGUUGGUCCGUCUGGGGAUCGGGAUCGAGAGCUCUACAUGAGAAAGAUUCGUGGAAGGCUCGACAAGGAAUCGCCUCUGUCACAAAGAGGCUCUUAUAUCCGAUCAAGGGAAAGUGAUAGAGUUAGGUCUGAAGGAAGCACCAGUUCGUGGCAACAAGAAAAGUAUUCGGCCAGAACUGCCCCAGAAGUUCAACCCUCCUAUCGUGCCAGCAAUCAUCGGACAGGCAUCCCCAACACCAGCGCCAAUAUUAAGAAAGUGAUAUCUAACCCGCGAAAUGAUUUUCCCAUCAAUUCCGAGCCACAACAAAAGUGGCGAAAGGAGGGGGAUCAAUGGGUCAACCGAGAAUCUCGCGAAAAUACACCACAGAGAUCAGAAGCAACAGACACUACCGCCGAUUCCAGUCCGCGGUCAAAUCCUUCAAUCUCCCCGGUUUCCGCAGAAGAUUCAAUGACAGACUGUGACUGGGAGGACAGAUUUGUUGUCCAUAUGCCAUCUGCCAAAGAUCCCAACCCACCGACCAUGACUGAAGAUCAGAUUGCCGACUACCAAAAAAGCAUUGAAAUAGUCCACCGAGAUGGAAAGCGAAUGCUUGAUCCCAAUCGACCAAGUCCACGAAGCUCCCCUCAUAGAGCUCGACGUGACUCCUCGACAUCUCAAGAGACACGUAGAAAAUCGGAUCAAUCCAAGACCUACGACACUCCAGAGCCAGAGACUAAUCAGUUGCUAAAACCUCGACAAGAGCCAGAUAAGAAGAAUGCUCCAGCUCCCAAGCCACACGGGUCCCAAGUAGAAACCCACUAUUACAGCCCAGAUGAGAUUGGCAAAAACCGCAUCAGCACAAUAUGGGAAGAGUCUCCAACAAAGACGAGAGAGAAGAGAAGUUCCCACACGGCAGAUGGUUCCUUUUUGGGAUGCAAGGAAAUCAACGGACCUCCCAAGAAAAACCCGGACGAAAUUCUUCUCUUCUCUUCCGGUGAGGACUCGACAGUACUGCAACCCCGACCACUUGCGGUCCGCGCUAAGAAGAGACAGAAAGAAAAGGAAGCCAAGGCCGCAGCACGCAAGUCAACAGAGAAGACCGUGGUGCAAGAAGAGUGGUCGCAAGUUUCUCGAAAUUCCAAGGCUAAGCAGUCAUCGGUGACUCUAUGUCAGGAUCGAAUUUGCCGGGAGCCGGAGGUAUCGACCCCCGACUCCCAGAGCUCGAUCAAAGAGAAUGCGCGACCCAGACCAAGCAUCGAAAACUCUCCAGGAAGAAUGGGAGGAACCGGUGGCGACGAUGAUGUGUUCAUCAUUACACCUACUGUCACACGUACAAUGCUUCCAACCCCGACUCCAAAAAAAAAGGUGAAGGUGGAGAAGAAGAUCGCUGUUUUGAAGGCUCAAGGGCUACGCCGUCCUGGUGGAACUGGUCAAUCAGGAACCGGAGAAGCAGUGAAGGCUGUUCGGGCAAAGGCCCACGUCAUCUCCACGCCUGGUGGAUUGCGGCAUGUAUCAGGACUCGCACAGGUCAAAUCGGCGCUCCCCUCGCUGACGUCUUCGAAGACUGCCCCAUCCCUCACACCCUCCAAAGCGACUCCUAUGAACGCCACUCCCCCAUCAAAAGAAAAGCCUAGGAAGGAGAAAGAAUCGAAAGACAACGACCAGAGGUUAAAAGACUCUCCCAGUGGGAAAGAGAAAGACAAGAGCGAGAAACCUACCAGUUCAAUUCGUGGUUUCAUCCGUACCUCUGGACUAGCAAGGUCCACGGGACUCGUCAGAUCACCAACUGAGACCCUUGCCACAAUACUCCGCAAUGGAACCGAGUCAUUACGGAAUCGCGCGGAAUCUCUGCGCAAUGGAUCAGGCUCUCUCGUCAGCCGUAAAAGCUCGAGCUCGCCUGUUUCCCAAAUCUCACCACCGUCGCGAGACAAUUCGGAAUCUUCGAGAUCUACAAGGUCUUUUAGAUCAGCAAAGGAGACUCCUCCAUCUUCCACCAAGCCAUCGCCUGUAAAAAAGGAGCCUCGAGUUGCUAGGGUCUCGCUCGACAAACCCACUACCCGCUCGACGGCCCCAACAGUGGAGUCAGAACCAGAACCAGAACCAGAGCCUGUGCCUGAGCCCCCAGCGAAGAAAGCCACCCCUCCACCACAGAAUAAGAUUCCUAAGAAGGAGGGAAAGGGGGAAGAACCACCUCACCCCGAAGGACCUUCUCGGGCAGAGCGAUUGGAAAAAUUCAAAGAACAGGCUCGGCUCCGGAGGGCAACCAAAGUCGUUGAGAUCGCAGAAUUGGACGGACUACAGGUGCCCACAGCCAAAGAAAGCCUUCAAGCGAAUAUCACAGAUGUCCACGAUGAUUUACAAAAUUUGUCUACGGGAGACAAAGACGAUGACCCCUCCCAAGAAUUCACCAACACCAUCGCCCUCUCCCUGAUAUUCGAAAUUGUGUUCUUGGCCAUAACCAACAUGCACAGAUUCGCACUCCAAACUACCGACAAUCCAUAUAUCAAGUUCGUUAUUACGAACAUCUUGAACAUGACCAGACACUGUUUCCAUGUCGCCAGCACAAUCUACAGCACGAUAUCCAUCUACCAAAACACUGGCUCAUGGCCCAAGGCCAAGAAUGAUCAGGCUAUAAGCCGGUUCUUGGUUGAGCUUCUUCAAGCUCUAGUCUACUUGUUCAUUCUUGGUUUUAGUGCCCUCAUCGCUGGUCGUGCCGCGGGGUAUAUUGUUCUCGUGGGUACAUGGGUUAUCUGGUUUGCCAGGCCAUUUGCCUGGGCUUUUCAGUGUGUUACUCAUGCCCUUAUUACAUGA